AUGACACUAGGGCAGGCUUCCAGCUGCUUCAGAGUACCGAAAUCAACAAUUAAGUUUCGUAUUGGUUCGAAGUGGACGAAAAAACUUCGGAGGGGUCUACAGACUGUGCUUACCCUGCAGGAGGAAAUUAAAUUGGUAAAAAGAAUCCAAGAAAUGGAACGCCGUGGUUUUCCUUGCACGAAGCAUGCUGUCGUGUUCCGAGUAAAAGCUUUUCUCGACGAUAAUCCCCGCAAAACACCGUUCAAGAAUAACAAACCAGGAUACAAGUGGCUGCAACUGUUCCUUGGCCGACACAAUCAGCUCUGUAUUCGAAAACCGGAAAACGUCACUAUGGCAAGUGCAACUGUUUCUGAACCGGACAUACGUUCUUGGUUUCAAAAGAUCAUGCAGUAUCUGCGCGCAAACGGAUUGGAGGAUGUUCUAACAGAUCCGCGGCGUAUUCUUAACGGUGACGAAACCGGUUUUCCGUUCGAUCCCGUCACAAAAGCUGUUCUCGCAUCAAAGGGAAACCGUAACGUCUACUUGGUUCAGCAGGCUGAUCCCAAGAAGAAUGUAACAGUGCUGUUUACAUUUGAUGCUGACGGAUACAUGUUCCCGCCGGAUACUAUUUUGCCAUACAAGCGAUUGCCCAAGCAGCUCAUAAUGAAUUUUGAUUCUGACUGGGGAAUUGGAAAGUCCGACAAAGGGUGGAUGGACAGCGAAAAUUUCGUUGCCUACAUACAGAAUGUUUUACUGUCGGUACAGGGAAUGACCAGAGCAGAGAUUCCGACCGCAGGGAACUUUCGAACGCGUAGGAAAUACGGAAAUCGGUUUACUCUUAACGAAACGUGUUUUAUUAUCGGCGUAUACAAAAGGGUUAUGACAAAUCGAAACAAGUCAAAGUAUUACAAAGGUAGGUAUGACAUUUUACUCUCUAUACUUGUGUUCAGUGUGCUAGCGCCUGUGACGUAA